AUGUCUGAGCCUCAACUGUGGCCUGGAGCCAUGGAUAUGUGGCAGUUUCAUGCUCCGCUUCCUUCUGGAGCUUUCCCUGUGGCAGCUCCAGCUCUGCCGAUCAGUGACUCAUCAGCGAGUCUCGUCAAGCUCGAAAAAGCGGAUCCGAUCGAGUACGGCGAUGGUUACGGACCUCCCGCUCCUCCCGGCGAAGGUUCCUACCCGGUACCUACGGAUCCGUCCGGGAAUAUGGCUCCCUACUACAACAGCAUGUACCCGCUUGGUGGACCGAUGUCGACAAGCGAUCAGAUGAUGCAUCCUCAUCUCGAUGAACAAGUGAAGCGCGACAAGGCAGCUAUUCAUUCGCAUCCACUUUUUCCGCUCCUGACCGUGCUGUUCGAGAAGUGCGAGUUGGCCACAUCAACUCCUCGCGAGCAGAAUCGUGACGGAACGUCGAGCAAUGACGUCUGCUCAUCAAGCUCAUUCAAAGAAGACCUCGCCGAGUUUGCUAAAACUGUAAAAAUGGAGAACACUUUCUAUGUACCGAACCGAGAACUCGACAAUCUCAUGCUGCAGUCGAUUCAGAUGCUUCGUUUCCAUCUACUUGAGCUGGAAAAGGGAACUCUGAGGUCCGAAUAG